AUGGCUUCAAGACUGGCAGCAUGUGAAGCUUGCAGAAAGGCAAAGGUUGCUUGUGAUCAUAAGCGACCGGCAUGUACUCGAUGUGCCAGUAACGACAGAGCUGGGAUCUGUAUCUACCGCACGACGCCGUUUAAGAGGAAAAAAGUAGAGAGCUCUACUCCAUCUCUACAGCGGUCGCCAAGUCGGCUACCUACGGCCCAAGCCUCGCCAUCUUUCACCCCAAGAAACAAUCCCUAUCCAAAUCCCGGGUUUCUGGGAUCCUCCAGUCAUGUCGCUAUUUUCAACCAGAUCUCCCCGCAAGAUUAUCAUAUCUCCGAUCCAUAUCAUGCUUCGGAGUCUGAUAUGGCAAUGUCGCGGUAUACCGGCGAGCAUAUCUUGCUAAUUCAGGGGGCGGAUAUCCUAAGACAGCUUUUAAACACAUUUCCUUUGGAUGCCAUGAAGGAUUUUGUUAAUUUUUGGCUGGCAACUGGGGCAAAUCUAGCUCUAGCAGAGCCUUUUACUGAGAAGUGUACUGAAAACAUGACGCGCUUAUUCUCGUCAAUCUCACAGGAAGAAAACUGGCACUUGGCAUAUGCACAGCGAUUGACUCAAAAUUCCCGAGAGCCUUUGCAAUUUAGCAGCGAUUCUGAUAUCGAUUCUUUUGCUGCUCAGUUUCUUGACCAAAAGUUCCGAUGGGAGAGUCUAGGUAUCUUCCUCUCUGCUGUUAGUCGAGCAACAAUCGACAUCUCAUUCUUUCCAUCAUUGUUCAAAACAGAACAGGAUCAGUUUGUUCUUCGAAAGCUGUCCACAAGGCUCAGUGAUGUUGCACUGGAUAUUGCACUCUCACUGGAUUGCUUGAAUGACCUUCAAUUAAUUCUACAAUACGAGAACUUCAUUGUGCAUACCCAUGUUGAUGGGGAUCAGAGCUAUCAUUCGUGGAGCAGACUUGGAGAUGUUAUGUCGUCCAUCUUUGCACUCGGCUACCACGAGAACGUGGAGAAGACCAAGCCACCAAUUCCAGGCUUUCUUGCAGAGUUGCGGAAGAUGGCCUGGGCUAUAACAUACUCAGCGGACAAGAAUAUCGCUAUUUUUCUUGGUCGGCCACCUCGCAUGAGCAAGAGAUUCUGUCACUUCCAAGUGCCCAUGAGCCCGACGGACUCGGGGCAAGAUUCGAACACUUUAGACGCGCGAUAUGUAGCCAUUGAGUGGGACUCGGAUACGCCGAUCUGCUAUAGAUCGGGCAUGCGAUGGGCUACCCUCUGCUCUGCGCUCAAAGAAGAUAUUCUCGAAUUGCUCCGGGAGAAGCAGCGCGAUAAUUUCAACCACGAAGUUAGUAUCAUUCGCCAAAAAGCCGAGUCUCAAUGGGCGCAUCUUCCCCCUCAGUUUCGACUUUCGGGCACUUUGAGGGAAUGCUCCGGAAACGCAUUCGAGCGCGACAUUCUAGCUAGUAUACGCCUUGAUCAAUUGCAUGUUCUUUUCCUACUUCAACUGUCACUCCUUGAUACUUUGACUGAGCCUGAUCCAUCUAUCCUCGACAUCUCGGAUCAGAUGCUCGCCCUCGUGGUUGAAAUGAUCCUUCUGCGAGAUCAACUUGUCAACUCGGGUACAGGAUUGGUCUGGAAGAUCGCCCACUUCGGCCUGCCGGCAGCAGGAAUCAUUCUUCUUUCAAUGCUGAAACAACAUCAAAGACUGACCGAUGCAAGAUCGUCAUGGUCCAAAACCAUACUCAAUCUCGGAAUUUUUGUUGCACAGGUCCAAGUAGGGAGCAUCGUUCGACGUGGUGACCCAAAUUACGCGUUGAUUUUCAAGGCGACCCAGACAAUGGAGCGGUUCCUUGACUCUGUGCACCGUGACGGAAUACAAACACCGACUCAAGUCCCGCAACCCGGGGAAGGAAGCGAUGACUGGGCUGCGUUUUUCAGCCAAGAUAUGUGUGAUUUCGAAACUGACUUUUGGGAGAAUCUUGCAUAUCAUCCGUCUUUGCUGGCUUCGGAUGCUAGCUUACCUGCGAUAUAG